AAACUAUCUAUGGGUUGUGUGAGAAUUUCAGUGAGCUUUUAUACUCUAUAUUUCUUGACUGUCAAAGAAAACUAACCAAUAGCAUUUUAACAGGGACUUAAUUAGCAUUAUGAAAAUGGGUUCAAUGAUACAUUUUUAUAUUUUAUAAUCUUAAAUGAUUAUGAUAUUUCUCCGAAUGUUCGACCUAUAUAUUAUUUCUUUAUGUAUCAUCUCGAUCGAAUGAUUAUCAAUAAGAUUAAACGGGUUAAUAGACUUAAAAGUAACAUAAAUACAAAUAAUCAAAUAUGAGCAUUCCGGCCAAAUGGCCGGGUUAUAAGCUAGUAGAUAAAAAUGACAAACUAGAAUGAUGAACGAUACAAACCGAAUUGAUACAAACAUUACAAAAUAGUCUGACAAACAUCACAGAAUUGGUGCUGUCCCCGGAAAAUUCUUCUCCGCCAUCGCGGGUCGCCGAAAAAUCAGAAAAUCUCUCUCUCGUUGCACCUGGUGGAAAUGGUGGAAAAUUCUCAUAGAUCUUUCUCUCGCAUUUGAACGACUCUCUCUCGCAUUUGAACGAGGGGAAGAAAAUUCUCAUAACAAAAGUGACAGCCGGGGAAUUAUUCCCUGCCCGUCGGGAUAGUUCCCUGCUCGACGGGGAAGAAGAAGAGACGAGACGGACGGCGGGAGGGAAGUGCCGGAAGGAAAAUUAUUUAAUAACUAAAAAUAAAAAUAAUCUUGCACUUACUAUUUUGCCCUUCAUUAAAGUAGAUUAGUUGUAGCCAUUAGAUUUUAAUGAGGUGGAAGGGUUAAGAGGCCUUGUUUGCUUAAUGGAUUUUAUCAUGGAUUUGGUACAUAAAAACCAACCAUCAUGGACUUUGUACACAAUUCAUCGUUUGCUUGAUGGAUUUAGCAGAGACAAAUCCAUGGGGCUCACAGUGUUUUAGGGUCCAAAUCCGAUGACCCCACGAACUUUGAAAUUCCAUCUCAAAGGAUGAGAUUUGUGUGGGUGUCUCAAGUCCAUGAUACUUAUUUACUAUUUUAACCUCAUUUUGUGUUGUUUCUAACAAUACAUAAGAGAUAGUAAGGGUAGAUAGGUAAAUUCAUAAUAUAACCACAAAUAUAAUUAUGCAAAAUCCAUCAUGAAAUCCAUGAAGCAAACAAUGGUUUUAUCCAAAAACCAAAUUGACUAAUUCCAUCAUAAAAUCAUUGGUUUUAUAAAAUCCAAGUUUUGCCAAAAACCUUCAUUUAUCAAAUCCAUGAAACAAACGAGUCAUGUGACAAAGGGACCCCCCUUAGUCACCUGAUCUUAGCCCAGGUCAGGGUCAACAUACGUGUAAAUAUCACGAUAUCUCGUUCUGUCGUGAUAUAUGUCAAUUACAAAUUUUUCGUCAAUUUAUCGCGUUUUGGUUUUGAUUUUGAGAACUCUGAAUGUUUUGCUUUUCCCUAUUAGUUUUGUUCCCGUUUCCUUUUCUCAGCCGCUCGUCUCGUUCUGCUGUGAUUACAGUGACGAUUGCUACUAAACCAAAUUCAUGAAAUCGUUGUCUAAUAAUGAAAGACAUUUUACGACCAAGACCAGACAAUUCUUGCAUUAAUGCAUUCGGUCCAUUUGGUCCAAUUCGGUCCGAUUCAAAUAUAAGUUCGGUCCUUCAUUCAUUCAGUAAUUAUAAAAUUCAUGAAAAUUAAGAACCGGAUACUCAUUUCAGUUUGAUCCGAAGCGGUCCGAUACGGAUUGGACCAUUUCACAACCCUUUGGUGAUAGUAGUUGGUCCGGAAGAUGCACAAAAGAAAGUAGGCCAGCCCGUUCAUCUUUCGAGCGAAGUGGGCUGGGAGGAUAAAGGCCCAAGUGUGGUCUCAUUAGAUAACGGGCCGGCCUCUGUUUCCUAUCUAUCUGGCUAUCUCCGACGAAUUCCCUCCCCACAAAACCUCACCGUCAUCACCCGCCGGCUAUCUGAAAAACUGUUCCACCAUAUCUUCCCGCCCAUUCCUCUGGUCCCGACAAUUCCUUUCAAUCAAUACCGUACCACGGCAAUGCCUAACCCACUCGAUCGCGAUGCUCUGCUCUCAAGAAUCUUCGUCCUUCUCCAGCUCCUCCUUAUGGCGAAUUGGAAGAGUAACUGACAGGUUGAAGCAGAAGUCAGUUCCCAAUUAGGGUUUCUUCCCGGCGGUGCUGUGGUGGCUCGUCAGAACGAGACAGAGAAAUGACAGCGAUUGCUAAGUGUUUGGAAGAUCAUGUUAGUUCGAUUUGGUCCAGACGACGAUGGAAUUGGAUGCAUCGACAUCUCAAUGCUGCGAUCCGUUUAACGGCGGAGGAACGAGAAUGGUGAUUCGGAUAUCUUUUCCUUCUCGCCUGCGUUCGAGGUAUCUCCUUGGUUCAUCGUGUACCGAAGUAGAGGUGCGUUAAGCUCCUCCUUGUUUGCUUUCAUUUGUGGUCAGGACCCAAAGUCAAUUGCGCACAAAAGUCAACUGUUUAGGUUCGUCCAUUUCUCAUCCAAGCAUCCGGUAGGAGAUAGUGAGCUUUUGAUAUCUUCAACAUAAUUUGACAGUGGUGUUUCCCAUUGUCUUGAGGUUUCAGAAGAGAUAUGGGUCGGAAGAGCUGGACCAUCUGGUUACUCUUCUCGGCAGUGGUAGCACUUCUCCUGGCGGUGGCCGUACCCUUCUUUUCGAGCAGCAGCGCUAAACCAACUGUCGGCACACACCUCUUUGUCACAAUCAGAACCAUCUGUAGAGCCACAGCAAGCAUCGUUCGCCCCUUCCUCGUCGCCAAUGGAGUAUGAGGUCUUACUGAGCUUCAGAGGCCUGAUUUCCGUAGUAACUUCGCGGAUUUUCUCCAUAAAUUCCUGGUUCGGUACAAUAUCCGGACUUCUCUUGAUGAUGAAGCCCUACUCAAGGGAGAAAAGAUAUACAACAUCUGGACUUAUCAAUGCUAUUGUAGAAUGGAAGGUAUACAGUCCGAUUCUUUCUCGGAUGUAUGCUUGGGGUAAGUGUGCCUUCAGGAGCUAGGUCAGAUGUUUAAGUGUUGCAACUUGCAAGCAAGGAAAAGGCCACGUCAUUUUGCCCAUUUUCUACAUGGUGGAGCCUAGAGAUGUGCGGCAUCAAAAUGGUUUUACCAGGAAGCAUUUCAACAGCUCAUGAAGAACAAGAAGCUUGAUACAGAGACGAUCGAGGAAUGGAAAGAAGCUAUCGGGGAGGUUGGGAAAAUGAAGGGAUGGCACAUUACUGAAUCAGAUGGGUAACUUAUACUGCCUCCUCUCUCUAUAUAUAUAUUCAUGGACCGAAUGUUAUCUGCUACAACUUUGCAUCUCAAUACAUAUGGAUAGACGUCUUCGACUCUUCUUUUAAAUAGUAGGGCAAAUUAAAAAUGAAGUGACCUAUCUCGAUCUAGAUAUUUGUUCGGUUGGGUAUAUCCCAUUGAACUCAAACUUGUGUUCAAUCUCCAGGCAAGGAGCUAUUAUAGAUGAGAUUGUGGCUAAGUUAUGGUCAAGUGAGACCUACACUUCAGUGACGGAUGAGUUUGUUGGAAUUGGUUCUUAUGUAGAAGAAGUGACAAAGCUGCUAAGUUUAGGCUAUAGCCAAAGUUGUCUAGAAUGAGGUUCAUGCAAAGUUAGAUCAGCAAGUACUCUGCUGUCUCUAUCGAAGGUAGCCAAACUGACAAAGUCAUCCUUGGAAUUUCUUGGAACUGAAAGAAACCAGCUCUUGGCACCAGAGCUAGUCCUCGAUUUCUCCUGUUUGCAGAGUAUAGAGGAGCUGUCUAUUAUACGGUGUGAACAGCUGACAAAGGUCAAUGGGAUCGAGAGGUUGGAAUCACUGCGAUCGUUAUGCCUACCGGGCUGCAAGUCAAUCAGGAAUUUGCCUUAUCUUUCCGGUAUCGAGAAUCUAAGGUGUUUAUAGAUUCGAGGAUGCACACAGUUAACGGAGGUUAAAGGCCCUGAGAAGCUGGAGUCGUUUGGAGGGCUAAAUAUGUCCGGUUGCACAUCAAUGAAGGAACUUCCAAGUCUACACAGAAAUUUGAGCUCCUUGAAUGUUAGUGGCUGCAAGCAGUUGCCCGAGUUAUUGGGGCUGGAGAAAUUGGAGUCAUUGCAGCUUCUAAAUAUGUCCAAAUGCACAUCAGUUUGCAAGUUGCCGGAUCUCUCUAGUUUCAAGGAUUUGAUUGCAUUGCAUAUUAGGGGAUGAAUUCAGUUGACUGAUCUUACUGGAAUUGAGAGAUUGAAGUCGUUAGCUGCGGUGACCAUGUAUGUAAGGUUAAAAGACCAGUAUCCAGAUCUCCUGCGAGUAAUUAAGAAUUGAUGGAUCCAUUGAUGGCCUGCCUGAGUAUCCAUUUCUCUGUUGCUGCCUUCGCCACUGCAAAUCUGCAAUUCUUUCCUCUUCCCUACGGUUAGUUACUUCAACCUACAGUUUUUUCUUUCAGUUUUCAGUUAUAGGUGCCGUUUUGGAGAAUUAGAGUUGAAAUCUUUAGAUUCAAAAUAAUUAAGAGGUCGUUUGGAUGAUGAUCUUCAGUGAGGGAUUUCGUUACAAUUCUUCAGUUUGUUGAUUUUGACCAAACAACUCAUUUAGAAAAACUGAGAUUUAAAAAUCCUACGAAUGUGAGUAUUUUAAUUACAUGACUGGCUAUUUCGAAAUCCAUACACUCUCCGAAAUCCUACCAUCACGCACAUUUCAGCAUGUCUUCUUCUCAAUCUCUGAAAUCUCUAGACUCUCUCCUCCAUUAUCGUGGGCUCUCUUCCCUCACUGUUGCAAUCCCUCCGAACGAUCCUCCUCUUCUUAGGGAUGAUAAUUUUACCCAAAUUCAUGAGUAUUUUACUAUUCAACCCAAAUAGAUGCUAAAUGGGUAGAGUUUAUACUCAUACCCAUUUAUUUGGGUUGGUGUGGAUUUUUUUUUUACAAUGGCAAAUGAAUUAAAAAUCAAGAAACAAGAGUCUGAAUAUGAACAACAAAAACCAAAUAGAAAAAUCAGAAAAGACAGGCCCUCCACCAAGGCGGUAGACGAGUAGAGUACCAAAAACAAAUAGAGAAACCAAGCCUAAACAGAAGGUCUCAAACUCUGUCGAACAGGAAGAAACAACAAAGAAAGGGGAGAACACACUGCAAUCAAAAGUACUAUAUACUAUAGAUAGAGUUGGAGUAAAACAUGAUCCAUUGAUCCACUCAAACUCUAUCAAUCUUCGCAGUAGCUUGAAGCCAAUCGACCACUGCUCGAAACGCUCUAACACAAACACCUUUAGGCGUUUGAGGCUUCUCUUAAAAAAUCCGAGUGUUUCUUUCCUUCCAUAUAGACCAACAAACUGAAUGCAACAUCCCUUGCUUGAACCACUCAGUUGGACAAGAUGUUGUACCAGUAGGCCAUCCUCAUAUAAUGUCUGAGAUACAACUAUGAAGCAAGUUCCGCAAAGACGAAAGGGAACCAACCAACCUCUAGACCUCAAUGGCAAAAGGACAGUUGCAGAAAAGGGGGCUAGUUGUUUCCUCUUCUCGAACACAAAGACAACAGCGGUUACACAUACUUAAUCCCUUCCUUCGCAAGUUGUCUUGUGUCUAGAAUUAGUAGCUAUUUUUUUUUGCAUGCAAGUUCACAAAAUAUCGAUGAAAUAUUAUAUUUUAGUGCUUAAAUUUUUUCUGUAUUACAUUUUGAAACCUAAACUUUUAACUUUUACAAAUAGGUUCACAUUUUGAUGCCUUUGCAUAUUUACCACUCUCUUAAAGAUACAUGUGUUAAAAAAUAUCAUUGCUUUAUGGUAGAUAUAAAAAUUAAGUCUAUGUUCAGAAUUCUACAUCGCUUCUGCACAUUGAAGAGUGCAAUUCGAUAUGCAAUAUAUGGACCAAUGACAUUUGGGUUGUGAUUUAAAAUUAUCCUUCUUUUAUAAAAAUAAAUGGAUGUUAAAUUAAUUAUUAAACUCGAAUUAGAAUAAACAAAAUAUGAAAGUAGAAGUAUAAAAUACCAAAAAAAAAAAAAAAAUACGGGAGUGUUAGUGGGUUAGCUAACCGUGGUGGAAAAGUCCUAUGUUUUUUCAAAUUUAAGCUUUUUGUAUGUUUUAAUUUAAUAAGAUCAAAUAAAUUUGUUUAGUGUAA